AUGAUGAAAUACAAAGCUAGUUCGUCAGUGGAUUGUAUUUAUAUGGAAACCUUGCUCAAUAAAUAAAUGAGAUCAAAUAUUAGAAUGAUACAAAAUAGAUAGAUGAAUCCACCUUAAACUCCAAAACCGAUGUCAUAAAACUAAUCCCGAAGAAUCGUAAGUAGGUUAAAUAGUUAGGGUAAGAAGUUACAAAGGAGCCUUAGUAAUUAAUUAUUCAGCUGCAAGACAACAAAAUUCUUAUGAGUUAAUUAUGUUAACCAGUUGUUAUCCAUUCUCAUAGAAUUAUUUCGAGUAAUAAGCAUUCCACUCUUGAAAGUCCUAAGUUUAAGAGAAACUGUUUACAUUUGGAUAAUCCUUAAAAUACAAUAAAGCAUUAACAUUUUUUAAAAAAGGGUGGACAAAUGUAGCAUUCUCAAAAAGAAACUAAACCUUGGUAUCCAUUUGCAAGAAUAAAAAGAAAACAAAUAUUAACAAGUUUUAUUGAUUAAAAAUAAGCUCAAAACAUUUAAAAUAAUCAAAUUUUCACUCAUUUUUAAUCUAUGGCUGAUUUAACAGGCUGGUAGACUAAUGAUGAUCCAUAGAUGGAAAUGUAAUGA